GUCGCUUGUUGAUGACGUGUGCGCAUCCCUCGUCCAAUAAAAAUGCCGUUUUCCAUGUAGCCAGCGGAGAGGCUAUGCUAACUGAACGAUAGUGGAAGGUUUCGUCCAAGAUUAUAGAAGUCCUUGAGUCGAAAUGACCUACAGGAGAGACAGGAGUUUACGAGAAGUCUACGAUGAACGCUUUCUAACAGAGAGACCGGGUCCGUACCCACGAGCAGCUGGAGGAGUGGAGAGGAGAGGUCCCUUUGGCCGGCCAGAGGAGGACUACGGUCGGGGAGGAGGCUACGAGUAUGAAGGAGGUCCACGUUUUUUCCCCAAUGGCGGAGGCCCACGAAAUUACCAUGAAGAUCAGAGGGGAUACCACGGUGACAACAACAUGCAUUUCCAAGCUGAACGCAGACCUGUUCCACCUUCAAGAAGGGAGGACUUUCCUUACAGAGUACCCAGGGAAGAACCACACACAGGACGGCCUAUGGAGUUUGGCACCCGAGCUCCACCUCCUCCUAAUGUGCGGAACCAGGGCAUCUACCCUGCUGCCAGAUCGCUCCCUGAGGGCGGAGAGGACACACUGGUACAAGCCAUCCUCAACCUGGACAGAGGGGAGGGGGGGGCGGACCACUACAGGAGAAAAGCUGCCCCCUUCCCUCCUCUCAGAGAGCGAUCCCCCGUGCGCCGCGAUGUGGCCCGCUCGCCCCACAGUCGCUCCGGCUCCAGCGUCAGCAGCAGGGGCUACUCACCAGACAGGGCCAAGGGCCUGCCGUUCCCCUCACAGCAAAGCAAGAGUGUGGACGGUCCAGAGGGUCACGCAGGCGUUCCCGAGCACCUCUGGGGGGCGAUCUUUCCUCAGCAAAGUGGACAUGACACUUCAGGGUAUGAGGAGACUUAUUCUCAGAGCAAGAUGACUGAAAAAAUACCUGGUCUGUCAAGAGAAGGCUCCCCACACAGCGCCACCUCAAACAAGGAGGAGAACCAUCCUCCAGAAGGAGAAAAGGAGGAUCUCCUCAUCGCUUCGGUGGUGGAGGAGUGCCAAAAGCCGUCCAUAGACAACUUCCAGGAACAACGAGCCCUUGCCAUCGCAGCCAAAGCUCAGGAAAUAGAGAAGGUGUACCGCCAGGACUGCGAAACAUUUGGCAUGGUGGUAAAGAUGCUGGUGGCUAAAGAUCCCAACCUGGAGAAGCAGCUGCAGGUCCCCCUCAGGGAGAACCUCGGGGAGAUCCGCGAACGUUGCUUGGAAGACCUCAAACACUUCAUCAACGAGCUGGACGAGAUUGUACGGCAGCCGGAACCUUCCGUCUGUGACUCCACAACUCCAUCCUCGUCCCUAACAACAAGUCAUAAACUUUCAAAGACAGGAGUCAAUCACAGCUCGUCUUACUGACACUCCGGCCUGAUCUAUUCUAUGUGAGACUGAGCACAUGUCAGCGGUGGUCGCCAGUUUUGGAUUGCUGGACUAAAAUGAAUCUACAACACAGCAACCAGAGGAGUUACUCAAACUGGAGAGGAUGCAGUAUCGUAACUUGGGAUGAACAGUGUUAGUUUUGAACAGAACAUUUUACCUUCAGUUUUCUGUGGCAAGAUAUUAAUUAGAAUCUUUUCUUAAAGUUGUUUUGUUUUUCCUAAAAAUGUCUUUAUUUAAAAAGAGAUAUCAGUUUCAGAUCACAGUAAAAUGGUUAAUAAGGUUUUCAUUAUUUAACCUGUUUUGAUGAAGAUAUAUUGUCGAUAAGAGAGAGAGUACGCCCCUCCAGAGUGGUCCUUUUUCGAAAGUAAAGCCUAAUAUAACAGUUCUGUUUUGUACGAUUUUAAACUAUCAAAGUUUUCCUUUUGGUGCCAGAUAUUUGACUUGGUGCUGCUACGUUCACAGUUUUACAUCCUUGUAUAAAUUUGUACGGUUACAAAAAAGGCCAGUUCAGUCCCUUUUUAAUACUUUGUUUCAUUUUGCUUUUCAAACUUUAUAUAAGAAUCCCUGAGCAAAAAAAAAAGAACUGCACAAGGAUAGAUUAUUUUGAUGACAUAAAGACAGAGCUUUGCACAAACUGAGAUGUCUCUGAAGGUUGUAGAAAAUAUGAUUUUUGUUAACUUUGUUUGUUAUACUGUGAUCUAUUAAAAUAAGUUGCAUAAAUAUCUCACUGA